AUGUCUUGCAACGACGACUCCCUCAAGCUCGAUGCCGAUGCUGGCGACGUCUUGCUGUCGCCGCAUGCCGGCUAUGAAUGGACCGUGGGCGGCCAUCAAGUUGGCGCCCGGUGGGAAGAGAAAGAGCUUGGAAAGGAACGCCAUCUUGGAGGGCCGUUGCCUGUACACGGCAACGACAGCUCGCUGCGCCUGUGGUUUGCCAUCAAUCACGACAAAAACGAGCAGCUUGUCAUUUUGACAACAUCGGUCAAAAUGCGUUCCAAAUCGAAGGCACGUCCACGCAGCUUCUUCCUAGUCGUCCCCGCAGAAGACUUGCGCAUAUCUAGUGCAAUGAAUGACUUUCAACCAAUUCCUCUUGAUUCCGUGCCCGAAGCUCUAUUUGAACGGCCUGCCGACCCUGUCUCUGCGAACACGACUCGCAUCUUGCAUGUAUCGUUCGCGCUUGGUCAUAAACGCACAUGCGGAGUUGUCAUGAAUACCCGGCCUUACACGAGCGAAUUGCGCGGUACUCCACUUGCGCUGCUCGACGGCCUCAAGUCAUUGUCUGAAGCAAGGCAGUUUGAUCUGUAUCUGAAAUUCAGCUCCUACGCUCAAGUUGGACUUCAGCGCCUCUUUAGAUCAAUGCAACAGAACGUAGCCUUCUUUACGCCUCAUGUCAACUUGAGAAACAUGUAUGGGAGCGGAUGGGAUGGUGCUUUUGAUCUGUGGGAGGCUCAAGGGUGGCACAACGGUCAAGAGGUCCCAUCAAGGAAGAGAAAAGCAUGCUCCCCUCUCCCAGAGGAAGAACAGAUCAAGGCUCCACCAGCGUAUGAUCACCGCUCUGCGCCUCCCGUAUAUGCGGAUUUCCAGGUACCACGCACUCCCAACGCAAAGCCAACACAACCAGAUCCAUUCCCUCAGUCCGGCGCCUGUAAUUCUUCUUGCCAUGUUAUCACACCCGGUAGUGUCGUCUGCAAUAGCAUCGCGUCCGGCAUACCCAGUACCCCUUAUUCCCCCUACAAGGUCGUCAUCUCCGACACGACGCCAGAGAAACCAAUCUCCGCUCCCACAACGCACUUGCCAUUGCCAACUUUAUAUCCUGCAAUCGAUCCAUCAUCACUACCUCAGCUCUUCGAUCGUGAGAUGGGCAUGUGGCUCCUCACAGCCUGGAACCUUGUCCCAAACAUACAUUUCACGCUUAUUCACGAACUACUAGCUGUAGCCGCUGCCGUCAAUAAGCAAGAUGUAUCUGGCUAUCGCGCUGCACGCAUGGUGUGUGCAAAGAAACUAGCCAGUUGUGUGGCCGAUCAGACGCAACAAACCGAAUCAAGCAACGUAGACGAUGAGACACGACCGAAGAAGUUGCGAACGCAGAUUCUGGCUUCCGAGCCCGAUAGCUGCAUUUCUUGGUUGUUUAUGCUGCGUCCCGAAGGUGAUUUGGGGUUUAUGGAGUUACUUGGGAAGUUGGAGGCUAGGAAGAGGGUUGCUCUUUCUGUUUCUGAUAAUGCUGGUGCGCUCAGGGAUGUAAUGGUCAUCAGAGCUGCGAUCAUCUUGCAAGCUUUGUGUAUGGAAGGUACACGGCUCUGCAGAGUUUGA